UGCCUGCCUGCCUAUAAGUUGUCCUCUACUGCCAGUCUCCCUAAUUUCUCCGACCUGCUCUUCUACGCCUUUCUACUGGCCCUGUUUUGCCAAUUACCAUCUCAUCCUCCGACAUGCCUCACUAUCAAUUCAUCUCGCUGGCCACCAAGCCCUCCGCUCGGCUCAGCUACAGCUUCCACCCCGCCGCGGACACCGUCAAAAAGCCCGCUCUAGUCGUCUUCGUCAAUGGCCUCGGACUCCCGCAGACCUCCUGGGAGGGCGUCAUCGCGCGCCUGCAGGCCCAGCCCCCGGCCGUCGGCCUGCCAGCGAUGCUGACCUACGACCGUUACGGCCAGGGCCAAACCACCGACCGCGACCCUAACGACAGCACUGCCGAGGACCCCACCCACGGGCACGACACAUCUACCGUGGUUCAUGACUUGCACCAGCUCCUCACGCAAAUAGCCACGGAGAAGAUGGGUGUUUCCGACCUGACCCAACUACCGCUCAUCCUGGUAUCGAACUCGAUCGGCGGCGCGCUCGUCCGCCUCUAUGCACAGCAGUACCCCGGCACCGUCGCCGGGCUCUUAUUCCUGGACAGCGUGCUCGCCAACUCCGACUUUGUGUCCAUCUACCCGGACCCAGACGCGGCCGGAUUCAAUCCGCGCAGCUUGCCAGACGGGGUGGACGCGGAUGCGCUCCGUGCCGCAAGAGCCUACAUGCAAAAAGUAUUUCAUCCCAGCAACGGCAGCCGCGAGGGCCUGAGCCGACGCAAUCUAGCGCAGCUGUUGCCGGACAGCGACGGGCCCAGAUUGCAGGGCCCGGACGGCCGCGGGCCCUGGGUGACGGUGGUGGGCCAUGAGUUCGAGGCGUUUCAGGUCGAAUUCGAGAAGAUGGGCGGUGCGCCGCCUCGGCUCACGGAGGUGUACAUGAAUCCCUACUGGCAUCGGUUUAAUGAGGGGUUGGCGAGGCUGACCGACGCGGAGCGGAGCAAGGGCCCGCUUCAGGCGCCGGGCGCCGGUCACUUUGUGCAGAAGGAUAAUCCGGAUUUUGUUGCGGACGAGCUGCGGAAGAUGCUUGGCCAGACCCUUUGCGAUGUGGAAGGUGCAGCUGCACAGUUUGGUGAGGUCUUUUGAUCUGUAUCUUUGUACACAUACAAAUUUGAUUGCCCCAACGCGGGAUCCGGUUACCCCCUUUCUCUUCCUCGCCCACCUUGUGCGGCUGAGCCUGAACUUCACUAGUUGAGGGGCCCGUAAGCCGGUUUCGAUUUGUCGAUUGAUGCGAGCUAGUUGCGUAUGCUACAGUCUUAGUAGGAGGACUAGAGUACUAGCCCUACUCGGCUGAAACCAAUCGUGGGCCUCAGGCAUGCCCGCACGGCAGCACCCGACUUAGGGCUCGGG